AUGCUGUUGUUGACCCUGCUUCCAUUAGUAGCUGUGGCUUUUGCAGCGCCCCAGGGCUACAAUCUGGGUGCACCUUCUGGAGGUGGACUCUCACAUGGAGGAUCUGUAAAUGUUGGUGCAGGUGGAAUUGGAGAUGGUGGACCAGGUGGAAUAGAUGGUAGUGGCCCAGUAGGUGGCUGUCAGGACGGUCAAAUACUACACGUUGACGGAUCUUGUGUAACUCCUAUUAUCACUAGAAAAGUUUACUUAUAUGAUGCUCCUGAAGUGCCUGAAGGCCCAGGCGGUCCACCACCGAGCGUACCACCACCUAAGGUAGAACACAACAUCCUGUUCGUACGUGUUCCUGAAGCUGCUCCACCACCUGAACCCAUCAUUGUUCCUCCAGCAAGGCAAGAAAACAUUGUCUAUGUUCUGAAUAAGCAGGAAGAGCAAAGUCAACAGGUGAUCGAGGUUACACCUCAUCCAGCUUCCGACCCAGAAAUCUAUUUCGUGAACUACCAAGAAGGAGAAAACCCAACCCUUCCUCUUGGAGUAGAUCUUGAGACUGCUCUCAGCGUUGCCAGUGCAGCUGGCGGUGACGUGAUCGGAGAUGGCGUAGCGGCUGUUGGUGUUGGUGCCGGAGGAUUAGGCGACGGUACUGGAGCCGGAGGUAUUGGAGGAAAUGGAGGAUUUGGAGGAGCUGGAGCUGGAGGGAACGGUGGAUUCGGAUUAGCUGUGGCAGGAGGCAAUGGAGGAUUCGGAGGUGGUUUUGGAGGAGUGAAUGGAGGCAGUGGCAGCGUCGGUGCUAAUGGUGGCACUCCGUCCAACCUGUACACUAACCCUUAG